AUGCAUUUUAUCAUCGAGUUCAUCCUCGACACGAUAUGUCCGCAUUGCUUCAUUGGCUUCAAGAAUCUCGAACGGGCCAUUGAAAUAUACAAGGCACGGCAUCCAGGGGCGACCUUUGAGAUUACCUGCUCACCUUUUAUACUAAAUCCAUUGGCACCUCGAACUAUCCCCAGCAACCGAACCUGGCUAACCCAAGUACGAGGGCACCCAGACAUCCGCUUGCACGAAUGGACCCAACGUGGCCACCUCGUCGGCAUUGACUUCGACUUCGACGGUCUAAGUGGCAACUCGCGCGACUCACACAAGCUUCUCCGUCUAGCCCUCGAGCCUCGCCCCACCAUCAUCCGCAGCACCGCCUUCGCGAUCACCGGCACUCCCUCUCCCUAUGCACACUCCCCCCCGCGCGGCCCCGCCCUGCAGCUGCGCCUCCUCGAGGCCAUAUACCGAGGCCACUUCGAGUCCCGCCACGGGAUCGGGGACCGCGAGUGGCUUCUAGAAGUAGGUGUAACGGUGCUGGGUUUGCCACGGGAGGAAGUGCGUGCUUGUCUCGAGAGCGAGGAGUGGGGGCUCGCGAUCGAUACGCUAGAUUCCGAGGUCAGGAGUAGGGGGUUUAGGGGCAUUCCGGGAUUUGUAAUUCAGGGACGAUUCAAGGCCGAGGGGUGGCAAGAGCCAGGGUUCUUUGCGGAUGUGUUUGAGAAGGCGAGGGAGAGGAUGGUCGAGGAGGGGGGUGGUGACGGGCAUCAUCGGUAG